UCAAAAAAAUGAUUGGGAUCGGGUGCGGCGCAGCCGUAAAAGUUGGAACGACGGAAAAAUCUCCGAAGUCCAGUCUCACCAAAUGAAAAUCGCAACCUGUAUACUUAUCGAAAAGAAAGAAAACUUCAGCAUGUGACGUGUGUGUGUUGAAGAGCGAAAUCCGACGGCUGAGCUUGUGACCUAAGCUUAUUGAAUUUGCAUUCAGAUUUGAGUUUUCUCACGUCAACAGUCAAAAGCGGAUUUGUCGAUUUCCCACUUAGCCAAGGAUAUGAAUAACGAGGAGUAUCAACUCCACAAAGGAAAUAAAAGAAAGAUCCCGUUACGGAAUCUACCCACCCUAUGGGCUGUGACUAUCCUCCUCCAAAAUGGAAUCACAACUCAACCCAGCCGCGCUAUUACUUAUUGGUAUUAAACGCCGAGCUGACAAUACUCGUCCGGCUAAUUCAAUUCACCUCUCUCUUCCUCACACACACACACACAUCUGCUGAUCUGCAAUUCUGCAUAUAGCAGAAGAAGAAUCACAGGGAAGUGAACAAAUCCACACCCCCACAAGGCCACAAGGAAAAAAAAGAAAAAAAGCUAUCUCCUCUCCCUCAUGGAGACUCCAACGCCACCCCCAAGGUCCCCUCUCUCUACUCGGCUUAACUCGUUCGUCGCCAAUAGUCGAGUCGGAAAACGUUUCAAACUCAGGGAGCGAAAUUCUACCUUUACAACAGAGCUACGUGCUGGUACCGCCACGUUCCUCACCAUGGCCUACAUCCUCGCAGUCAACGCUAGCAUCCUCUCCGACUCCGGCGGCACUUGUUCCGUUUCCGAUUGCAUACCUCUCUGUAACGUCCCUUCCAUCUCACCUUCCAAUUGCUCCGGCACUUCCUCCGAUGGGGUCAGUCUCAGGCUUGUGCAACCCGACGAGUCAUGUAAGUUUCCACCGGUCAACCCGGGGUAUUCAGCCUGUCUUGACAAAAUCCGCAAGGACCUAAUCGUCGCGACCGUCGCUUCUUCUCUUGUCGGCUGUGUAAUCAUGGGUGUCUUCGCGAACCUUCCCUUAGCCUUGGCUCCCGGAAUGGGUACUAACGCUUAUUUUGCUUACACCGUCGUCGGGUUCCACGGCUCCGGCAACGUCCCCUACAAGAGUGCUUUAGCGGCCGUUUUCAUCGAAGGUUUGAUUUUUCUCCUGAUUUCGGCAAUUGGGUUACGAACCAAACUCGCCAAACUCGUCCCCGAACCUGUAAGAAUCUCAUCCUCUGCCGGGAUCGGCCUAUUUCUUGCCUUUAUUGGGCUACAGAACAACCAGGGAAUCGGACUGGUGGGAUACAGCUCGUCUACGCUGGUGACGCUAGCCGCAUGCCCGACAUCGUCUCGAGCAUCCCUCGCACCGGUCAUAACGGCGGCCAACGGCACGGUUAGUCUGCUACCGGGAGGGACCGUAUCGAGCGAUAUCUUGUGCCUGCAUAACCGAAUGGAAAGCCCAACUUUCUGGCUGGGCAUCGUUGGUUUCGUCAUAAUUGCUUAUUGUUUGGUGAAGAAUAUAAAGGGCGCGAUGAUAUACGGCAUUUUAUUCGUAACGGCUGUAUCUUGGUUCCGAAACACGAGAGUGACGGCGUUUCCCGAUACGGAGUCGGGUAACUCGGCGUAUCAGUAUUUUAAAAAGGUCGUGGACGUGCACGCCAUCGAAAGUACGGCCGGCGCUCUGAGCUUCAAGGGAAUAGGGAAAGGGUAUUUCUGGGAGGCCCUGGUUACGUUCUUGUACGUGGAUAUACUAGACACUACGGGAACGCUUUACUCGAUGGCCCGAUUUGCGGGAUUCAUGGACGCCAACGGAGACUUCGAGGGUCAGUACUUUGCCUUCAUGUCGGACGCGGCGUCUAUCGUGGUGGGGUCGUUGCUGGGUACUUCCCCGGUGACUGCGUUCAUUGAGUCAUCGACGGGGAUCCGGGAAGGUGGCCGGACGGGUCUAACGGCACUGACGGUAGCGGGGUAUUUCUUUAUGGCUUUCUUCUUGACGCCGUUGCUGGCGUCAAUUCCGGCGUGGGCGGUGGGACCGCCGCUUAUAUUGGUGGGAGUAUUGAUGAUGAGAUCGGUGGUGGAAAUCGAGUGGAAUGAUAUGAAGCAAGCAAUCCCGGCAUUCGUCACACUGAUAUUGAUGCCAUUGACUUACUCCAUAGCGUAUGGAUUGAUAGGUGGGAUUGGGACAUACAUUGUGUUGAAUGUUUGGGAUUGGGGGAUGGAAAUUUUGGGUAAUAACAAGUUUGGGGUUGGGAUGAUGGGGAAUAGGAGUGUUGGCACGGCUGGUGCUGGUGGAGCUACAAAUGGUGAUGGAGGCUUAUUAGGCCUAGCUUCUACUAACAAUCAGACUAAAGGGAAUGAUGAUGGGGACAGAAAACAGCUCCAAGUUUAAUUAUUAUAGAUGUAUGUUCUACAUUCAGUUAUUUAUUUGUUUCUUUCAAAACACAGAUCAGAUGAUUGAGGACAGAGUAAAUUAGUUUCUUGGAGAUUGGACAUGUUCAUGCGUCUGUCUCAAGAAUUCCUUUGUUAUUUUUUUUUUUUUUUUUUAAUUAAGCAAUUGAAACCGGGGCUAGCUGUUCUGUUUCCUAACCGCCAAUGUCCAUCUUUCACCGGCGACUGCCGUUUUUCAUUAAUUAGUUGAUGAGCAACCCAGAUGGUUGGGUAGAUCCAA